AUGGCGAAGAAAAGUAAGUCGAGUUCUAAGUCAUCCUCAUCACCGACUCCAAAUGCUGGAGGUAAAAAGAAAGGUAAAGCUAAGGGUAAAGAGGAAGAACGUCAAGAAAUAGAUGAAAAACAGAGUAGAAAACUGAAACAGCAAGAAAACCGUACGAAAGUAACGUCAACUUCCAGUUGGACAGGGAAACUUCCGCAUACAUUACUUCAUGAAACAUGUCAAAAGAGAAAAUGGAAUAAAGUUGAAUACGAUAUGAAAAAGAUUGGUGAUAAAGGAAUGCUUGCAAUUGCUGUAAUAUCCUAUACUGAUCCUAAAACUAAAGAAAUCUUGACUAUAAGGAUGAAUGAUCCAACGUACGAUAAAAUUGCUGGUAAAGGUCUGCUAAUCCCGCAAGAAACGUCUCUUGAAGCAAGACAUUAUGCAGCAACUGUCGCACUUUGUCGUAUUGCUUAUAAUACAAAUAUGCAUACAAUGUUACCACCAAAUCAUAGAAAUUUAUGGCUAGACUUGACCGCUUUUCAUAAGAAAUUGCUAAAAGAAAACGAAUAUAAAGCUGGGAAAAUUUUUGAUUCAGAUCCAUUUAAAACUUUGCUGGAGGAUAGAAAACAGAAGGAUCAAAAGGAUAAAGAAUUAAGGGCAAAAAACAACCAAAAAGAACGGGAACAUGUAGCUACUAUUAAUAUUGCUAUGGAUGACGCAGAAAAUUUCAAACAAUCAACUUCUAAAAGUACUAAAAAAACUAUCUCAGAGGUUAAUUCCAGAAAGAUACAAAAUAAUAAUUUACCAGUUUCGUUGGUUCAUUUCCCUAAAAAGGCUUGGGAGAAAGCACCAUUGGUUGAUUUUGAUGAAAAAUCGAGAAAUAUAUUGGAAUCCGCAUUAAAAUUAUACACAAAUUGGUCUGAGAAGAAGAUAAAACUAAAUUCUUCAAGUAAUAGUGAUCGUGUUGAUUUAAAAAAACGUUUACUUGAUCUUCAAUUUAGAGCAGUUCAUGUUGAUGAAGCUUUGAAAUAUAAUGACCCGUUAUCUUUUUUGCUUUUCAAUCUACCUGAAGAUGACUUGCCACCUUUCUUUCAAAAGAGACAAAGUGAUUCAAAGAAUAUUAUUGAGAUAUCUUCACUUCCUUUGAAUGUAAGAAAUAUGAUUGACAGGCUGAUGGAAAGUGGAGUCUCGAAAGAUAAAGUUUAUUUUGCUUUGGAGCAAACAAACCAUGAUGAAGCAUUGGCUGCAAGUUAUUUGACUGAACAUAUUUUAUCCUCUCUAGAUAAAGUGGAAUCGUAUUCUAUAUCUGAAGACGAAUCCCUUGAAUUAUGGAAUCAAGAGUUGGAAGGUUUGCAAAGUGUUUAUGAAGAACGGAUUGAAAUUAUCGAGCCAAAUAAAAUAUACUCUGUUGUUUUAAAUGAAAGGUUGCAUUUAAAAUUGAGAGUAUAUAAGAGUCAGCAGUAUCCUUAUACUAUACCAGGGAUUAUCGUUUCCACGUUUGACAAGAAAUAUAAAUUGCCAAAUUAUAUAAAACAGCAAAUUUUAAAGAAACUUCUUCAAUAUAUUAAUGAUAUGAGUUUGUUGGGAAAUCCUCUGAUAUAUGAUAUCUUUGAAUGGCUGCAGGAUAAUGUUGAAAAAAUCAUCAAAAAUCCUGGGCCUUUAUUACCAGAUGAAUCUGUUCACCACUCCAGCAAUAUUCAACUUAAUAAAAAUACAGUUAAGGAUCACAAUAAAUCUAAUAAAAAUAAAUAUGGGAAACGCACUAUUUCAUCUAUAGAGCUAAAGGCCUUGUCUGAUGAAUAUUCUAAAAGAAUUAAGACCUUAGAUUACAAGAUCAUGCAAGACGUAAGAGCAAAUUUGCCGGCCUGGAAAAAAAAAUCUCUUAUUGUGGAUUUAAUUAUGAGUCACCAGGUUGUGUUAAUUACAGGUGAAACUGGGUCAGGUAAAUCUACACAAGUUGUCCAAUUUUUAUUAGAUUCCUUACAGACGAAUGGUGAUUUCGGAAACACUAAUAUUAUCUGUACUCAACCUAGAAGAAUAUCUGCAAUUGGUUUGGCUGAGCGUGUAUCUGAAGAACGUUGUGUAGAGUGUGGUGAUGAAGUUGGUUAUAUUAUUAGGGGGGUCAAUAAAACCAAGCCAUCUACAAGGAUUAAAUUCAUGACAACAGGUGUUCUUGUCCGUAUUUUGCAAAAUGAUACCACUUUCUUGAAUAACACAAUUAUUGUCAUUGAUGAAGUCCAUGAAAGAUCCAUAGAUACGGAUUUAAUUGUUAUACUACUAAAAAAUUUGUUGAGUAAAAUUAAAAAUUUAAAAAUUGUCUUAAUGAGUGCAACUGUUAAUGUUGAUAUUUUUAAAAAUUACUUCCCAAAGCUUGGUACUUGUCAUAUUGAAGGUCGAACAUUCCCUAUUAAAGAUUAUUAUUUAGAGGAUGUUUUGGAGAUGGUUAAUUUCAAAAUUAAAAAACCUAAGGGUAAAUAUGUUGAUUCUGAUAAUGAAGAUGACGAUAAUUUAUUAACACCUGGGGCAGAUUCUAAAUUUUUCAGAUCUGGUCAAAUCAAUUACGAUUUGAUUAUUGAGACUGUGGACUUUGUGCAUCAAGAAUUGGAUAAAAAUGAUGAUGAUGGAUCUAUUAUUGUCUUCUUACCGGGUGUAGCAGAAAUUAAUAAAUGCUGUAGAAUGCUGUCUUCUACUGUUACAGGCUUAGAAGUAUUACCAUUACAUUCAGCCUUAUCACCAGAUGAUCAAAAGAGAGUAUUUAAAAAUUUUAAGUCUAGGAGAAAAGUUGUCGUUUCUACUAAUAUUGCAGAAACAUCUAUUACUAUUGAUGAUUGUGUGUGUACUAUUGAUACAGGUAAGGCUAAGACCAUGUUUUAUAAUCCCAAGGACAAUACUACUAGAUUAACUGAAUCUUUCAUUUCUCAAGCAGAAUCGAAACAAAGAAGAGGUCGUGCGGGUAGAGUUCGUGAAGGUAUGUCAUUUAAGUUAUUUUCUAGAAGGCUCUAUGAAGAAGAUAUGGUUGCUAUGCCAGCUCCUGAAAUAAAAAGGGUGAGUUUAGAAUCACUUUAUUUAUCAGUGAAAUCAAUGGGUAUUAAAAAUGUCAAGGAAUUUUUAAGAACCGGUUUAGAAUCGCCACCAUUAGAUGCUCUCAAUAGAGCAGAAAAGAUGCUACAAACUAUUGGUUUGGUGAAUGAAUAUGACUCUACAUUAACAGAACUAGGUAAAUAUGUUAGUUUAAUGCCUGUCAUGGACAGUAAGCAUGGUAAAUUAUUGGUUUAUAGCAUUAUUUUUGGGUGUGCUGACAUAGGUAUUUUACUUGUUUCUCUAUUAGGUAUUGGUGCUAUGCCAUUUGUUGGGGGUAGUGAUAAUCGUGAUAACAUAAGACAAAUAAUGUCAAAAUAUAAUAAAAAAGGGGAUCUAUUAGCUAUGGUGGAAAUAGUUUCGAAGUAUUUAAACAUAGAAAAUCCAAGUGAAAAAAGGUCAUAUAUGAAUGAAAAUUAUUUAUCAUUUAAUAAAAUGAGAGAACUCAAAUCUUUAACUACACAAUAUUAUUCUAUUUUAAAAGAUGUUGGUUUUCUGCCAAUGAAUUAUAAACCCCAUUAUUCUGAAUAUUUGAAUAGGAAUUCGAAAAAUUUAGAUAUCAUAUCGGCUAUAUUAAUUGGUGCCUCGUAUCCAAAUGUUGCUAGUGUUGAACUACCAGAUCCAAAAUUCUUAGCUACAGCCCAAGGUGCUAUUGAAAAGGAUCCAGAAGCUACAUCUAUCAAAUAUUGGAUCAGGAAUGAACAAUAUAUUGACAAAUUAGAUGAAUUAGAAGAAGAGGAAAAUAAUUCUACUACAAAUCAAAAAUCCAUUUUUGAUUUACGUAACUCAAUGCCUUUGCCAAAGACAAGAGCGUUUAUACACCCUUCAUCGAUUACAUUUUCAAGUAAGAAUAUAGCUCCUGAAGAAGUGCAAUUGUUGUUAGAUAAUCAGCAACCUAUUUUGAAAAAAUCAACUGAUAUGGUUGCGUUAAAGUAUCCAUUCAUGAUUUACAAUUCUGCUCAUACUACAAGUAAAUUAUUUUUAAGUAAUAUUACACCCGUGAAUACACUCUCAGUAUUACUAUUUGGUGGUCCAUUACAUUAUGAAAUAAGCGAAAAAAUUCAUUCUCCUGGUAUUAUUCUGGAUAACUGGUUACCAAUUAGAACGUGGUGCAAGAAUGGUUUAUUAAUCAAAGAAUUACGUAAUUUAUUAGAUGAAUCGAUCAAUUCUAAAUUGGAAAACCCAGAUUAUUCUAAUAUGAAAGAUAAUUCUAAGAAUGAUAAGGCAGAAUUCGUCUUAGAUCUUGUUGAAAAAAUUAUUCUUAUGGAAUAA